UUGUAGUAUUUUGUAAAUAUUAUUUAAUCUAAUUAAUACAUCAUAAAAAAUAUAUUUAAGUCAAGGUCAAAUGUCGAAAUUAGUUGAAUGCUAAAAGUUCAAAAUUGGACCAAAAAAACAAAUGGGAAAUUAAAUAUUGUGUGGAUAUUUGCAGCUGUGAUGAACAUCUGUGGUGGGCCCCCCACAAAUUUCAUGCCCAACAGCAGCAGCAUUUGGAUGGACUGUAGGAUCUGGAGCAGGCUCCCUCAGAGGCUGAUCGAUAGGAUCAUCGCCUUCCUCCCCGCGCCGGCCUUUUUCCGGGCCAGAAGCGUCUGCAAGAGAUGGUACAGCCUUCUCUUCUCCACCUCCUUUCUUCAACUGUACCUCCAAGUGUCCCCACACCCCCCCUGGUUCAUCUUCUUCAAGCACAAGAACCAAAUGAAGAGCAACAUUAUUUACAACAGCAGCAGCAGCAGCUAUGGCGGGUGUUUCGGGAGCAGGGUGGCGGCGACACACGAGGAGGAGGGGUACCUCUUCGACCCCCACACCCUCGCGUGGUACCGGAUCCCCCUCCCCUUGAUCCCCCCGGGGUUUUCCCCCGCCACCUCAUCCGGGGGACUCAUCGGGUGGGUUUCACAAGAGGCGGGGUCGAAGAACAUCCUCUUGUCCAAUCCCCUGGUUGGGUCUCUGGUUCAAAUCCCUCCAACCCUCAGGCCAAGACUCUUCCCCUCAAUCGGAAUGAACAUCAGGGAAACCUCCAUAGACUUGGCUGUGGCAGGGGACGACCUGAUUUCUCCCUACGCCGUCAAGAAUUUAACUGCGGAGAGCUUCCAUAUUGACGCCAAUGGGUUCUACUCCAUUUGGGGAACCGCUUCCUCUCUGCCCAGACUCUCCAGCUUCGAGUCCGGGCAGAUGGUGCACUCGGAGGGCAGAUUCUACUGCAUGAACUACAACCCCUUCAGCGUCCUCUGCCAUGACAUUUCGUCGAACACUUGGUGUAAGAUUCAGGCGCCCAUGAGGCGGUUCCUCCGGUCGCCGAGCCUGGUGGAGAACGGCGGGAGGCUGGUCAUGGUGGCGGCGGUGGAGAAGAGCAACCUCAACGUGCCGAGGAGUCUGAGGAUGUGGGCCCUGCAGGACGGCGGCGCGUGGGCGGAGAUCGAGAGGAUGCCCCAGCAGCUGUACGGGCAGUUCGUGGAGGCGGAGAAGGGGGAGGGGUUCGACUGCGUGGGGCACGGGGAGUUCGUUGUGAUCACGAUCAAGAGGAGCUCCGGCGGCGGGAAGGCGGCUGUGAUGUUCGAUUUCAGGAGAAAGAGGUGGGUGUGGGUCCCGCCUUGCCCCUACGGCGGCGGCGGCGGCGAGGAGGAGCUGCAUGGGUUUGCUUACGAGCCCAGACUGGCUGCGCCAAUCACUGCACUUCUUGACCAACUCACGCUUCCCUUUCUGUCUUUCACUGCCUAAUUUCAUAUUAAUAAUUUCAAGGAAGUUUUUUGUUUAUUUUUGAAGUAAUUAUCAUUAUUAGCACCAAGUAAACUGGUCCUUAAUCAAUAGUAAUUUAGAUU